CGGGAUAAGACCGCCAUUUUGUUUAUUUGCAAUUGCCAAAGUACAUUUACAAUCAAUGUAAUUACACUUAAAAGGGCAAGGAUAGUUGAAACGUCACAUUUUAUUAGCUUGUGUUCAAGCAUUUUAAAUGUGACCAGUGCACUUAUGCAACCAACAUUAGUCGUGUUCGAUUCACGUGAUUUAGAUCAGUUCAUUUUCACUUCGGUCAGAGAGCGAACUGAUUUGAUUAUACUUUGAAUAGAACGACGAAAAAUAGUUUGACAGUUGACAGUUGUAUUAGUUUGUUUAUUUAUUUUUGAGGUUAACAUUAAAGGUUUUUUUUUCGUGUUUUUAUAUUAUUGUUGUUAUUAAAAUGGAUAAAAUACUAUUUGACUACGUAUUUGAAAGUGACAGCACAUCUUCUUCAGAGCUGUUGUCGACAUCCACAGAUGAUGAAUCUGACGAGUUUGAGAAUGUUAAUCAAACUGUUAAAAUAGAAAAUUAUGUCCAGAAGACUGUAUCUAAUUAUUCGGACGAGACCUUCAGAAGGCAUUUCCGUGUGAAUAGACCUGCGUUUCAACUCCUUCAAGAUUUAAUUACGGGAUUGUACAAGGACAACAUAGGUGGUUGUGAUAGAGUUCCUGCGGAUGCUGCCAUGCUAAUGUGUUUAUGGUAGGUACUUAGCAAAUCAAGAAACUUAUAGACAACUUGCGGAUCGCUUUGGAGUAUCAAGAAGCACUGCACAUAAAGUGGUUAACACUGUAAUUGAUAUCUUGAUGGAGCAUGUACAUAAGUUUAUAAAAUGGCCAAGUGAAACCCAGUAUUACCACAUAGCCUCUGAGUUUCAAGACAAGAAACAAUUAACAAAUAUUAUAGGUGCGAUUGAUUGUUCACACAUUGAGAUAAAUAAACCAAAAGUUAAUCAAGUAGAUUAUUGUAAUCGAAAAGGUUAUCAUAGCGUCAUAUUACAAGGGGUUGUAAAUUGCCAAAAGAAAUUUAUAGAUAUUUAUUGUGGAGAACCAGGCUCCUUACAUGAUGCCAGAGUUUUUAAAAAGUCAAAGUUAUACAAGAAAAUUUUAGACAAUCCUUGUUUUUUAAAAGAAUAUAGAAUUAUUGGAGAUUCUGCAUAUCCAGCAUCAUCAUGGUUGGUAACUCCCCAUAAAGACAACGGUAAUCUCAAUCCUACUCAAAAAGAGUUUAAUUACAAUCAUUCUGCAACCAGAAUUGUUGUUGAAAAUGCCUUCGGGCUUCUAAAAGGAAGG